AUGCAUACCAUCGCCACCGCGCUUCCUUUCAGCCUUGCACUGGGCAAGAUCGAAGUUACACCCAGCGGUAGGUUUGUUCGAGUAGAGUUGGCAAAAUUGUACGUGGUCAUCCUCUACGAUGGGUCACACGAAGUUAAGGUGGAGAUUCCAGAUAAAUAUCGAAAUAGGAUGUGUGGUCUGGGCGGUAACUACAAUGGUAUGGAGAACGAUGACUUUCUAUUGCCGAAUGGAAACAUCGCCUCGAACUGGAACGACUUCGGGAAUAGCUGGGAGACUGACACCAGCUCUGCAUGGGGAGAUCCUCACUAUACAACAUUCGACGGAAGGGAACAUCAUUUCCAAGGUCCGUGCAGAUACACGUUCGCCAAGGACUGCGGAAACACCAGUGAUUUUAAUGUAGAAGUACAACAAGUUCCAGUGAACCCAACCGUGUCAGUUGUGCGUGAAGUGUACGUGAUGGCAUACGGGUACGAGAUAGGGAUUCUUCAAGGCAAAGUUGUGACGGUAAGUGGGUUUCCCUCCACGCUUCCUUUCAGCCUUGCACUGGGCAAGAUCAAAGUUACACUGAGCGGCAGGUUUGUUCGAGUAGAGUUGGCAGAAUUGUACGUGGUCAUCCUCUACGAUGGGUCACACGAAGUUAAGGUGGAGAUUCCGGAUAAAUAUCGAAAUAGGAUGUGUGGUCUGGGCGGUAACUACAACGGUAUGGAGAACGAUGACUUUCUAUUGCCGAAUGGAAACAUCGCCUCGAACUGGAACGACUUCGGGAAUAGCUGGGAGACUGACAGCAAUGCGUAUGUUACCUGUCAUGGAGAUCCUCCGACCGGCCCACCCCCGACCCAAGGACCGUGUAACCAGACCUAUUCAGACCCGUGUGACGUGCUUACCGACUCGCCCGGCCCGUUUACUACUUGCCAUGGCGUUGUAGAUCCUCAGCUUUACUUGCGAACCUGCGUUUUUGACACGUGUGCAACGAGCGGCCAGGAGGAGUAUCUCUGUGCGAACCUGGAGGCGUACUAUGACUCUUGUAGGGGCGCCGGCGUGUCUCCCUUCACUUGGCGAACGUCAGAUCUCUGUCCUAUGGAUUGCCCAGCAAACAGCACGUACUCAUCAUGUACAAGCGCCUGCCCUUCGACCUGCGUGAACCCCAGCGCCUCAGACAACUGUACCCUUCCCUGUGUAGAAGGCUGCGAGUGCAACCCAGGCUACGUACUUAGUGGGCUGGACUGCGUGCCUAUAGAGGACUGCGUGAAAGUUGGAGUCCCUCGAAGUGCAGUGGCCGGGGCGUCUGUUGGAGUUGCCGUGCUCCUGAUCCUUCUGAUCGUGGCCGUUGUUCUGGUGAAGACACGGGGUUGCCUGGCUUGUGGGAGGAAAAAGCUUGAUAACUCCGAGGCCUGA